CUGCCUUUAUCCAGAAGAAGAUCUUCAAGGAAGACUGCAUAUCUUCUACAAGAUUGAAAGCUAUGGCCCAGGGAUUUGUGAUAUUCAGGGAUGUGUCCAUAGACUUCUCUCAGGAAGAGUGGGCAUGCCUGGACUCGACUCAAAGGAAUUUGUACAGAUACGUAAUGUUGGAGAAUUAUAGCAACCUGGUCUCAGUCGGACUUUCCAUUCCCAAGCCAGACGUGAUCUCUUUAUUGGAGCAAGGGAAGGAGCCUUGGAGUGUUUUUGACAGUGAGCUGACAAGGGGCCUGUACAUAGAAGAGGAAACUGAGGCACAAGAACUUGAAGUAACUUGUCCAACAUCAACAACUAAAUAUAAAUCUAGGUGUGAGAACAAGAAAUUCUCUCUCAAAAAGGAUAAUUAUGAAAUAGAUUCAUCCCAAUGUGUUAAAACGGAAGGAUUUACAAAGCAUGAACUUAAACAGGGAUCUCAGGGAAGACAUUUGAGCCAAGUGUCAUCUACCUCUGAAGCCAUGUCCACUUUCAUUCAGCACACAUCUCUUUCUCUCCAUCAAACAUUUAAUACGGAAGAGAAAUCUUAUGAAUGCAAAAAAUACAAAAAUGCCUGUGGAGAAGACUCACCACUUACUACAAAUCAAGAAAGUCAUACUGGCAAGAAAUUCUAUGACUAUAAGGAAUAUGAGAAGGCCCUUAGUAGGACUUCAAAACUUAGUUCAUCUCAUAUAGUGCAUAUUGGUAUGAGAACCUAUGAGUGUGAAGAAUGUAGGACAUCUUUGAAUACUGGCUCAGACUUUAUACAACAUCAGAUAAUUUUUACUAGGGGAAAAUCUAAUGAAUUUAAGGAAAGUGGAAAGGCCUUUACUAAUGCCUCACAUUUUUUUCUACAUCAUAGCAUUUAUACAAGUGAGAAACCCUUUAAAUGUAAGGAUUGUGUUAGAGAAUUUAAUAAUGGUACAGCCCUUAUUCGUCAUCAGAGAAUUCAUACUGGUGAAAAACCCUAUGAGUGUAAUGAAUGUGGAAAGGCCUUUAGUACUAGUUCAAUAUUUAGAGUACAUCAAAGGAUUCACACAGGUGAGAAACCCAAUGAAUGUAAAGAAUGUGGAAAAGCCUUUCGUCAUUCCUCAUACCUUACUCAACAUCAAAGAAUUCAUACUGGUGAGAAACCUUAUAAAUGUAAGUAUUGUGUUAGGGCAUUUAGUAAUGUUUCAGCCUUCAUUCGGCAUCAGAGGAUUCAUACUGGUGAGAAGCCCUACAAAUGUAAGGAAUGUGAAAGAGCCUUUAGUACUGCCUCAAUACUUACAGCACAUCAGAGAAUUCACUCAGGUGAGAAACCCUAUGUAUGUCAUGAAUGUGGGAAGGCCUUUCGUCAAUCUUCAGACCUUAAUCAACAUCAGAGAAUUCAUACUGGUGAGAAACCCUAUAAAUGUAAGGAAUGUGGAAGGGCAUUUCGUCGUUCAUCAGAACUUUCUCGACAUAAAUUAAUUCAUGCUGGUAAGAAAUUGUAUGAAUGUAAGCAAUGUGGAAAAAUCUUGAGUAGAGAUUCAAUACUUAUACAACAUCAGAAAAUUCAUACUGGUGAGAAAGCCUGGGAAUGUAAUGAGUGUGGGAAAGUUUUUACUUGUGCAACAUACCUGACACGGCAUCAGCGAGUUCAUACUGGUGAUAAACCAUACACUUGUAACAAAUGUGGGAAAGCCUUUCUUCGUUCUUCAGACCUUACUCUACAUCAAAGAAUUCAUACUGGUGAGAAACCCUAUGAAUGUAAGGAAUGUGGGAAGGCUUUUGCAAGAGGUUCAAAUCUUAAUCGCCAUCAAAAAGUUCAUAAUGGUAAGAAAUAGGAUGAAAGGAUGCUUUGUAAGACUUUUAAGCAUGUCUUUUAGGUAACAUAACAUGAGAGAUAAACCCUAGAAACAGAAUUAAUAUAAGAAAUUCUAAGAAAUACAUUGGUGAGAAGAAUGAAAAUAUAAUUAAUAUGAGAAUGCCUUAUGUGUUUCACAGUUUGACUGCCAUAAGAAGAAAGUGAAUAUUGGAAGGCCUUUAUCAACAGUUCAUUUUUUUCCAAAUUUCAAAAACUUUCUAAUCAUGAGUGUAGAAAGUGAAAAAUCUUUGUUGUCCCAUUUUGAUUAUUUAAAAAUACUUUAAAUCCACUUUAUUUUUUAUUUAGCUAUAGUUAGUUUGGUUUAUGCAUAGCUAAAAUACU